AUGUUUCUGCGCUAUAUGUGUUGUAAAUAAGGAGGUUCUUGAUGUCCCAGAUAUGGAGUCAUUAGAGUCAUUAGCUGAGUGGCUGAAUUUGAAUGGUUGGGGUCGGCGCUCUUCGGGGCGCCUCAUUAUGCAGGCGCAUUAAAAGGAAGCGAUGGGGGGCAAAUGGGUGGUUAAGGGCUCGAACAAAAAGAGGGGCAGGGACUGUGAGGAGGGUCAGGAUUCAAAUUCUAAGUGGUAAGAUGUCCCCAUUGUCAGUGGGGUAUAAAGCAGGCAGAUAGAGAAGGUUGGCACAACAGAGAAGCUACCCACCAGUGAAGAUCAUACCCCAGGAUUUAGAAAUAUCACCAUGCCUUCCUCGCGCAGCAUUUGGAUUGCUCUAUUUCUCCUCUCGGUGAUGACAUGUGACAUUGGAGUAUUUGGUCGCGCAGUAGACACGCUGGAGUUUCUGUCAAAGCCGCUAAAAGCUGCAGAUGAAUCCUCCAGGGCAACUUUACGCACGGACGCGUCGAGGCGGGGGAGACGCGGGGCCGCGGAGACGCACCGGGAGCAAUGCGCAGAGCUGGCUGCGCCUUGGCUGGAUAACAAGCAACGAGCCCCCGAGGAUAAUGCAACAGUACUGCAGCUCCGGGUUCGGCCUUUUUCCCCGGGAGGCUCUCAGGGCCUGGUGUUCCCAGGGAAGUCUCUGUUCAGCUUCGUGCGGCGGGUUUACCGCUGCUGUCAGGAAGGAGUCAGCUGCAGGAGCGUCAAGGGGAUUCAAGGGCGCUUGAGAGGAGGCACAGAUGUGGAGUUUCUCCUCAACAGGGAGGUAUUAUCGUUGACGGUCAUGAGGGCAGAGCUGCACCUCCAGCUGUCCAACCCACAACAUCUGGACAUCCAUCCUGUGCUUUCAUCUAUGGCAAAGCGAGACCUUCCUACAAGGUAUGCUCUGUGGUCACGGGGCAACACAGUGGAGCUGAGAGUAGAUCUGCUGUUCCUCUUCCAAAGUCUGCAGGAGGCGGCAGGUGGUGCCGGAGGGGGUCCCAGCUUGGUGAACAUUCGGCGGGCAGUGUUUUCUUCCAGGGGGUAUCCACUGGGAGAAAAGCCCGCUGCUCCUGGGGCUCUGCAGGACACCGAUGGGGAUGUGAGGGGGGAUGGGGUCGCCAGCCCGCUGCAUGCUCAGGAGCUGGGCCUGGUCCUGGGCUGCAGUCAGGCUGGAUCGGGGGUGUCCUGUGGAACUGGUGGUGUUCACCUCUCACACACACCUUUCAUAGCUCUGUACUACAGAUAAAGUCCACCUGAGACUGGACUUUGCAUGGAAACAUUUAAUCUAUUUUCUAAAGGACACACAGCCUCAAAGCUUAAAAAAUGAUGCACUUCUAUGUCAAAUCUAUUAAUUUAUAAAUGUUAUUAUUGGGUAAAAUAUAUAUACGUUUGUGAAUAGUGAAUAUGAUAUACUGUGACUUUAUGGAGUCAGUCUUUGGUUAUUAAAGCUUAAUCUAACAAUGCCUUGUUACAUAAGUGUGUGGACACGUUCUGUUCGGCUGACUUUGUUCAGCUGUGCUCCUCUUUUGGAUAUUCUGCUCCCAACACCUUUUAGAUAUGUGCUUCUAUUUAAGGAGGUUUUUACAGUUGGUGUGAAAAGGUGGAAAGAGCAACACCUGGGCAAACAAAGGGCCUGCACAUGUGGUGUGACCCUGCUGAAUUUAGCUCUGGAUUCUCUGCUCAUUCGUCAGAAAAAAUUGUUAAACUGGUGAAAUCCCUGGGUUUUUAAAGUCUUGGGCAUCGCUUUAAAAACGUGUCCCUGAUGUCCUGAGAGAGCACAUAUGUCUGCAUAAAAAGCUGCCAUAAAAUUAUAUAAUUUUGUUUUCCCACUUUCCUGAGUUAAAGCUUUUAACAACUUUUGUCCUGAUUCUAACUAUGAAAUAUUCAUCAAUUUUCAGAUUUUUAACCCUUUAAAUGCUAGUUUGUUUGCAAUUUGUCACUGUUGUUUUUUAUCCAAGAAAAAACACAAAACAGAAUUAUUUACUGAAUGCUAAAUUUAGUAGAUUUUUAUUUUUCAUAGUUUGGGAAAUAUAAAUUAUUAAUACAACAUACAU